AUGUCUUUCUUUUUGAAUUGCCAGGGUCUUGCUGCUAUUAGUCAAGAUAUUAAAACGUUAGCAGUUAAAGCAAAAGAAGGAAAACUCCAACCACAUGAAUAUCAGGGUGGUACGUUCACGAUUUCCAAUUUAGGAAUGUUUGGUGUGAAGAACUUUUGUGCUAUCAUCAAUCCACCUCAGGCAUGUAUUUUAGCUGUUGGUGGGGCUGAACAGAAAUUAAUUGUUGAUGAAAUGUUUGUGUCUGUCUAUGUCUCUCUCUCUCUGUCUCUUCUCUCUCUCUCUCUGUCUCUCUCUCUGUGUCUCUCUCUCUCUUGUGUGUCAGUCUCUCUCUCUUCAGUCUCUCUCUCUGUGUCUCUGUCUCUCUCUCUCUGUGUGUCUGUGUCUCCGUCUCUCUCUGUCUCUCUCUCUGUCUCUCUCUCUCUGUCUGUCUCUCUGUCUCUCUGUGUCUCUCUGUGUCUCUGUCUCUCUCUCUCUCUCUGUCUCUCUCUCUCUGUCCGUCUGUCUCUUUUCUGUCUUUCUCUGUGUCUCCGUCUCUCUCUUUCUGUCUCUCUCUCUCUGUCUCCGUCUGUCUCUUUCUGUCUCUCUCUGUGUCUCCGUCUCUCUCUCUCUCUUUCUCUCUCUCUCUCUGUGUCUCUGUGUCUCUCUCUCUCCUGUCUGUCUCUCUCUGUCUCUCCGUCUCUCUUCUCUCUCUCUCUCUGUCUCUCUCUCUCUCUUCUCUGUCUUUCUCUCUCUCUCUCUCUCUCUCUCUCUCUGUCUCUCUCUCUCUCUCUGUCUCUCUCUCUCUGUCUUUCUCUCUGUGUCUCUCUCUCUCUCUUUCUGUCUUUCUCUCUGUGUCUCUCUCUCUCUGUCUCUCUCUGUCUUUCUCUCUCUCUCUCUGUCUCUCUCUCUUUCUGUCUCUCUCUCUGUGUCUCUCUCUCUCUCUCUCUCUCUCUUUCUCUGUCUCUCUGUCUCUCUCUCUCUUUCUGUCUCUCUCCUCUGUCUCCGUCUCUCUCUUUCUGUCUUUCUCUGUGUGUCUUCUCUCUCUCUUUUCUGUCUUCUCUCUCUCUGUCUCCGUCUCUCUCUCUCUCUGUCUCUCUCUGUCUCUCUCUCUUUCUCUUUCUGUCUCUCUCUGUGUCUCCGUCUCUCUCUUUCUGUCUUUCUCUGUGUCUCCGUCUCUCUCUCUUUCUGUCUCUCUGUCUCCUCUGUCUCUCUCUCUCUUCCUCUCUGUCUCUCUCUCCGUCUCUUCGUCUCUCUCUCUUUCUGUCUCUCUCUUUCUGUCUGUCUCUGUGUCUCCGUCUCUCCUCUCUCUCUCUCCUUGUCUCGUCUCUCUCUUUCGUCUGUUCUCGUCUCUGUCUCCGUCUCUCUCUUUCUGUCUUUCUCUCUGUCUCCGUCUCUCUCUCUGUCUCUCUCCUUGUCUCCGUCUCUCUCUCUUUCUGUCUUUCUCUCCGUGUCUUCGUCUCUCUCUUUCUGUCUCUUUCUCUCUCUGUUUUCCGUCUCUCUCUUUCUGUCUUUCUCUGUGUCUCUCGUCUUUUCUCUUUCUGUCUCUCUCUCUGUCUCGUCUCUCUCUUCCUGUCUUUUUUCUCCGUGUCUCCGUCUCUCUUUUUUCUGUCUCUCUCUGUGUCUCCGUCUCUCUCUUCCUGUCUUUCUCUCCGUGUCUUCGUCUCUCUCUUUCUGUCUCUCUCUGUGUCGCCGUCUCUCUCUUUCUGUCUUUCUCUCUGUCGCCGUCUAUCUCUUCCUGUCUUUCUCUCCGUGUCUUCGUCUCUCUCUUUCUGUCUCUCUCUGUGUCUCCGUCUCUCUCUUCCUGUCUUUCUCCGUGUCUUCGUCUCUCUCUUUCUGUCUUUCUCUCCGUGUCUCCGUCUCUCUCUUUCUGUCUUUCUCUCUGUGUCUUCGUCUCUCUCUUCCUGUCUUUCUCUCUGUGUCUCCGUCUUUCUAUUUCUGUCUCUCUCUCUGUCUCCGUCUCUCUCUUUCUGUCUUUCUCUGUGUCUCCGUCUCUCUCUUUCUGUCUCUCUCCUUGUCUCCGUCUCUCUCUUUCUGUCUUUCUCUCCGUGUCUUCGUCUCUCUCUUUCUGUCUUUCUCUCUGUGUCUUCGUCUCUCUCUUCCUGUCUUUCUCUCUGUGUCUCCGUCUUUCUAUUUCUGUCUCUCUCUCUGUCUCCGUCUCUCUCUUUCUGUCUUUCUCUGUGUCUCCGUCUCUCUCUUUCUGUCUUUCUCUGUGUCUCCGUCUCUCUCUUUCUGUCUUUCUCUCCGUGUCUUCGUCUCUCUCUUUCUGUCUCUCUCUGUGUCUCCGUCUCUCUCUUCCUGUCUUUCUCUCCGUGUCUUCGUCUAUCUCUUUCUGAAAGAUCUGUAAUGUCUGUGUCGGCUCUAACUUCAGUUCCUUUCACCAACGUGACGUCUCUUUCCAUCUGUUUUUCUGUGGCAUCUAUUCCUGUUUUUCCUCUCCAUCCAACUAUUCUCUUCCUUUCUAUUUCUCCGUGUCUUCGUGGUAUCUCUUCCGAUGUCUUUCUCUCCGUGUCUUCGUCUCUCUCUUUCUGUCUUUCUCUCUGUGUCAAUCGUCUCUCUCUUCCUGUCUUUCGUUCUGUGUCUUCAUCUUUUCUUUUCUGUCUCUCUCUGUGUCUCCGUCUCUCUCCGUAUAUUUCACUGUACCAGACGUUAAUCGCAUGGGAGCGCUAUCUUUCCUUUCUUUCUUUCUUUCUUUCUUUCUUUUCUUUCUUUCUUUCUUUCUUUUCUUUCGUUCUUUCUUUCUUUCUUUCUUUCUUUCUUUCUUUCUUUCUUUUCUUUCGUUCUUUCUUUCUUUCUUUCUUUUCUUUCGUUCUUUCUUUCUCACUAACACCAAACAGCCUUUAG